AUGCAACAUGGUUUUAUUGGAGACUAAGUAACUACUAUUAAUAUAUAAAUUACAAAUGAUUAAUAAAUAACAUAUACUGUUAUGACAUCUAUUAAGAAAAUAAAGGAAAUAAUAUUCUCUCUAUUUUGUAAUACCCAUAUCUUUAAGUAUUCACAAAGCUAAGCGGUGAUGUUUUUAAACUGAAUUUGAGAGGAUACGAUGAGAUUAGCAACUUAAAAAUUAAAAGUCUUGAAUUAGACUGUUUAAAAUUAUUUGAAUUAGAAAAUGAUCCAGAAAAUUAUGCAGGUCUCUUCUUUCUUCCAAUGAUAAAAGAGAGAAAUUUUAUAUACCAUGCCACAAUUGAACUUUAUAUUAUCUAAAGAUUGAUGGAAAGAUUAAAAUAUGUAUGUUCUAUCCUUUGCGGUGUAACUAAACUACCAAUGAAAGAAAGUUUGUAUUCGAAUUUCAUUAUGAAAUUUAAAUUUAAUCUCAAAAAUGUAAAAAAAAUUGAUUUGCUAAUAAGUUCAACUAAUUAAAGAUGGCGUUGUUAUUUUAUCGGCUUGUGAUAUAUCAGAGGAUAAAUAAAGCAAAAAAUUAUUGUUUAUUGAGAUCUCAAUAUCCUUUAGAUAAUUGAUGAAAAACAAACAGAUCAAAUUUCAAUGAAAAAAUUUAAAUUCAAAUCUAUCCAACUUACUAACUUUAAAAAAUCUAAAAAAUUAAAGCAACAAAUAAUUUAUAUGUAUAUGGUAGUGAAAUUGAUGUACCUGCUUGCAUCUAUUUAUAUAGUAUCUAUGCAAAUCAAAUGGAUAUUUUGGAUCAUGUAAUCAGACCUAACAUCUCAAGCCUCAAAAUUUUCAAUGUUAUCAGUAUUUGGGAGUAUAAUUUAAUUUUAAUAUCGUUUAAUGAAUUAAGAGAAUUCUUAUAAAUCCGAAUAAAUUUCUAAAUUUUACUAUGUCAAAUUUAAAAGCAAAAUCCAAGUUGGAUGAUGAUGAACUUAUUGAUAUUAAACUGA